GUGGGGAUGGAAUCAAAUCAACCAAAUGCAAUGGGAUGUGGCGGUAAAGGGAGGUUCAGAAGAAUAUGUGUCUUCUGUGGGAGUAGAUCAGGAAACAACCCCUCCUUCGGUGAAGCAGCUAUCGACCUUGGGAAGCAACUGAAUGGCUACAUGGAAGCAGCUCUUCAUUGCUGCAACAAUAUAUGAUUCCUUUUUCUUUCCACUCUUUGUUCUCAUGUGUUGUUCCUCGCGCUACAAUCUUGUUUGCCGGUGCACUGUCUCCUUUUCAGGUAGAGAGGAAGAUAGACUUGGUUUAUGGUGGAGGAAGCGUAGGGCUGAUGGGUUUGAUAUCCAAGACUGUCCUCGAUGGUGGCUGUCAUGUGCUCGGUGUCAUUCCUACAUCGGUCUUGCCAAGUGAGGUAUCGGGAGAAUCCAUCGGAGAGGUGAAAGUAGUUGCAGACAUGCAUGAGAGGAAGUCAGAAAUGGCCAAGCAUGCCGAUGCCUUUAUUGCCCUGCCAGGUGGCUAUGGAACCAUGGAGGAACUCUUAGAGAUAGUGGCGUGGUAUCAGCUUGGGAUCCAUGACAAGCCAGUGGGGUUGCUGAACGUGGAUGGUUACUACGACAGCUUGCUUGCGCUGUUCGACAAGGGAGUGGAGGAAGGAUUCAUCGAAGGGUCGGCGAGGCACAUUGUGGUCUCAGCAGAGAACGCAGAGGAGCUCAUCAGGAGAAUGGAGGAGAACGAGACAUAGCGCAGAGGAGGCUGCAGGAGUUAGUUAAAUGCAUUCAUUUGCUGAAAUCUAGAAGAACAUUUGCUUGUAGUGUUGCAUCAUAUGGCUGGUUGCUACAUUAUUAUUAGGUGGGUGGACAGGAAGGUCUUAUUUUGUGGGAGACAGGAGCAGAGAGGGUUGCAGGGUAAGGCAGCGAAUGAUGCGUUGUUGUCUCCACCACCCCAUGACAAGCAUUGGAAGUGGACCAGCUCUAAAAAAGUCUGCCAAAGUUGGGCAUA